AUGGAACCUAGUAAAAAGAAAAGAACUUUACAUUCAUACUUUUCUAAACAGAAUAAUGCGGUUUCCACAAAUGUAAGUAUCAAAGAAAAAUACUUGGAUGACCCUAUUCCAUGUAUUGAAAGUGAUGACUGUGUGGGGAUUAAAAAAACUGACCAGAGUCAAAUUUUCUGUAGUGUAGCUGACACAAAAGAUAUUGAACUUUCCAACCUACCUAAAUUUGGUUUAACCAACCUAAAUUUAGUUAAGUCUUCUACACCAAAUCAGACUAUUACUGAUCCUGCAGAUCCGGUCUAUCCUAUAAGUUCCAAUCGAUAUGAAAAAAUGGAAAGAAUAAAAAAAGACCCAUUUCAGCCACAUGCCAUAAUAUUUCCUCGAAGAAAAUUGGGUGCUUCAGAAAUAAAUUUUCAUGAUAAUUGGUAUAGUCAAUUUAAUUGGUUGGAAUACAGUCCAUGCUUGGAUGCUGCAUUUUGCUUCCCAUGUCGAUGUUUUGCUAGUGAAAUUUCUUCAAAAAGGGGUCAUGCUGAUAAAGCAUAUACAAAAACUGGAUUUAGAGGCUGGAAUAUUGCUACCACAAAGUUUAAAGCACAUCAAAUAACGUCUAUUCAUAUUAGUAGCGUAAAUAUAUUAUCUGAAUAUCUUAAAGCAAACCCAAUUGAUGGAAUACUAGUAAAAGAAAAACAAUUAGAAAUAAGUCGUCAAGAAGAACAAAGAAUUGCUAAUCGAACUAUUAUGAAGAGACUCAUUGAUAUAAUAAUUACUUUAACGAAAGGUGGUCGAGCUAGUAGAGGACAUAAUGAAAAAAAUGACAGUUUUGAAAAAGGAUUGUUUUUAGAAAUAGUACAUCUUCUUUCUAGAUAUGAUCCUGUUAUUAAGAAUCAUUUAGAAAACGGAGCAAGGAAUACAACUUAUAUAAGUAAUCGCAUUCAAAAUGGCAUGUUAAAUAGUAUUGAGAACAUUAUGCUCCUUUUAAUAAUAUCAAAUGUUCAAAGUAAACCAGUAUCUAUUAUUUCUGAUGACACCACAGAUAUGGGUCAUCAUGAACAAAUGUCAAUUGUUGUUCGUUACUUUGAUGAUGACACAUUUAACCCUGUUGAAAGGUUUGUUGGACUUCAAAGAUUGAAGCUUGUUGAUUCACAGUCAAUUUUUAAUGAGCUAUCAAUGGUACUAAAAAAUUUAAAAAUUCAGUGGAGAGAUGUUGUUUCAGUGUGUUUUGAUGGGGCUUCUACCAUGUCCGGUUGUAUUUCAGGGGUACAAGCUAAGUGUAAAGAAGUAAAUUCGAGUAUAAUGUACGUACACUGUUAUGCACAUUGUCUUAAUUUAAUUCUUGUUGAUGCUUGUACAUCUAGAAAAGAAAAUAGAAUUGUAUUUGAUUUUUUUGGAGUAGUACAGUUAACUUAUUCAUUUAUUGAAGGAAGUGCUAUACGCCAUGCAGUUUUGGAACGAAUAUCAGCUGAUAUCAAUGCAUCGUUAAAGUCAAUGAAAUCUUCAUCUACAACAAGAUGGGCCUGUCGCUCUGAGGCAGUGUCAGCUUUAAAACAUAAUUAUUCGGCUAUUUUAUUAGCACUUGAAGAAAUAGUAGAUAGAGCAAAACAACCUGAUGUUAGAGCUUAA